CGCAUUACUCUCUGUUGUUGUUCCUGCAAAGUAAUGCCUCUAAUUUUGCAAUAAUUUUGAAUCGCAAUUUUAUGAUACGAAACACAUCGUGGAUAAUUUUCUCGUUAAACCUACAACUCUUUUUCAUUUUUACAAAGAAGAAAUAAUCGCACCGUUAAGUGUACUAAUCUCAGUGAGUGACGAGGGGUCCCAGCCUAGGGACCCGUAUGGUCCCCUCUCCCUCCUCCACCGUGUAGGUGUGCGCGGUGUCCGAUAGUCGCACACACCCGGGAUGUGCCGGUCAGGACGCCCAACUAAUGUAACAGGGCCUCUGGCCGCAAGGUCAGGCAUUAAGGACCGAGUCCGUCGGCUGCCGGUCCGACCGAGCUGGCAGCCAGGGCUGUUCCAGGCCGCAGGCUCCAGGCCCGGCAGUGUACGGCUAACGGGUUAGCGAAGCUCACCGCGCCAUACUCAGUCUGGCGGCGGCGUCGAGUGCCUGAGCUCGCUCCGCGAACCGCGCGUCAGAACGAACCGGAGCAGUGCGGCAUCAGGCCCCCAGGAUCACCCGGGCGACGCAGAGGACAGGCGGCGGACGGCUCCGCGAACAGCGCCGCGACCGGCUGGACCAACGAGGGCCACGGCAACGAACGUCCGUAGUCGACACGAUGGUGCACGCGGGAGACACGGACUCCAAGUGUGAAGUGUGCGGCAAGGCGCUCUCGACGCCUGGCUACCUGCGCAUUCACCAGCGAACCCACACGGGAGAAAAGCCCUUCAAGUGCACUGUGUGCGGCAAGAGAUUCAGGCACGAGUCGGGUCUCCGCUCACACCAUCUAACUCAUACAGGGGAAAGGCACUUCGAAUGCACGGUCUGCGACAAGAAAUUUGCGCGUCCUGGUCAUCUGCGUACUCACCUUCGCGUGCACACGGGAGACAAGCUUUAUAAACACGAAUGCUCUGUAUGCAAUAAGAAAUUUCAGACCAGUUGGAAUCUUCGCAAUCACAUCCUCACCCACACUAGAGAAAAGCCCUUCGAGUGCGGUGUGUGCAAAAAGAAAUUUGGUCGAAAAUCCAAACUGAAAGAGCAUCUCCGAACCCACACGGGGGAGAAGCCGUUCGAGUGUGUCCUGUGCAAUAAGAAAUUCGCGCAAAGCGUCCAGUUGCGCACACACCAGCGAACCCACACAGGAGAAAGGCCCUUCGAGUGCGGUGUGUGCAGAAAGGAAUUUGUACAACCGACACAUCUAAAACUUCAUCUCAGAACCCACACUGGGGAGAAGCCGUUCGAAUGUGCCGUAUGCAACAGGAAGUUUUCGCAAAGCAGUGGUUUGCGCACACAUCAGCGAACCCACACGGGAGAGAAGCCUUACGAGUGCACCGAGUGCCACAAGAAGUUUGCAGCCCCUAACUCUCUAGCUGCUCACCUCCGCGGCCACACCGGAGAGAAGCCCUUCGAGUGCACCUUGUGCAGCAAGAGAUUCAGGGAAAAGGGGACGCUCAACACACAUCUUCUGUUUCACACCGGAGAGAGGAGGUUCGAGUGCACGGAGUGCGACGCGAAGUUUGUGCAAGCCGCCCACCUGCGGUCACAUCUCCGAGCUCACACGGGAGAGAAGCCCUUCGAGUGCGGCGUGUGCCACAAGAAGUUUGCACAGAGUGUUGGGCUGAGUGUGCACACCCGCCGGGCCCACACAAGAGAGAAGCCCUACGAGUGCAACGAAUGCGGCAAGAAGUGUGUCACGAGUGGCGAUCUAGCUGCUCACCGCCGCACCCACAGCGGAGAGAAGCCACAUGAGUGCAGCGUGUGCGGCAAGAGAUUUAGGAGCCAGAAAGGUCUGCGCUAUCAUUUUAAGGUCCACACCGGAGAGAAGGAGUUCGAGUGCACGGAGUGCCACAAGAAGUUUUUGGACGCUGUCCAGCUGCGGACACAUCUCCGAAGUCACACGGGGGAGAGGCCGUUCGAGUGCAGCGUGUGCCGCAACAAGUUCUCGACCUUUAGUACGCUGAGUGUGCACAUCCGCCGGGCCCACACGGGAGAGAAGCCCUACGAGUGCACCGAGUGCGGCAGGAAGUUUGUCACGAGUGGCGGUCUAGCUGCUCACCGCCUCACCCACAGCGGAGAGAAGCCACAUGAGUGCACCGUCUGCGGCAAGAGAUUCAGUCUGACGUGGAACCUGCGCUCACAUCUCCGGGUCCACACCGGGGAGCGCAGGUAUGGCUACGAGUGCACGGAGUGCGACGCCAAGUGUGGCAGCGCCAGCCAUCUGCGGAUACAUCUCCGCAAGCACACGGGAGAGAAGCCCUUCGAGUGCGGCGUGUGCCGCAAGCAGUUUGCACACAGCAGUACGCUGAAUGUGCAUCACCGCACCCACACCGGGGAGAAGCCGUACAAGUGCACCGAGUGCGGCAAGACAUUCGCCCAGCCGGGCAACAUGAUGGCCCACCUCCGGAGGCACUUAUUGUUAUAGGUACCGGCACGUGGUUUGAACAAUGUGUGUACCGGGUGGCUGACUCACGCCGCGCACUUUCGUAGUUAUACUGUACGGAUGCAGGGGUGCACGCAGGUUUGCCUAUCCUCGCUGCCCACGGCUCCGUAGGGCCCCGCCCGAGUAGGCAACCCGCCCGCACUCCUGCAUGUGGUACAGUAUAAUUACGAAAGUGCGCGGCGUGAGUCAGCCACCUGGUACACUCUUGAUAUAUAUAUUUUUUUUGCAUUGCUUAUUUAUAGUGCGUUUAAAUUGUAUUUCUUUUUAUAAAUGAUUAA